ACCAUUUGUGACCACUCUAACCACUUUCGACCAAACUUUUUACCAAUAAUUGACAGUAAUUACAGUUUGUGCCUUUUGUUUUUUCUGAGAUAUUUUAAAAGGGGAAAAAACGCAAAAAUAGAUUUUAUCAUUGUUGGAUAAUCUGAAAUUUCGUUGAUUGUGUGAAGAGUAAACGUUGCGUUCAACUUGUGCAACCGUAAGUGCUCUUCAGCUCUGAUUCCCAGAUACAUUUCAUCAAGCUCAAAUGUUUGUUGUAUGACUCUGAACGAUUCAACGAAAAUGCUGUUAAAAAUUUUGAGCGUUUUGACGCUCAUCUAUUUGAGCCAGUGCAAAUCGAUCGAAAGCUCGAGCUCGAGUAACAACUCGAUCCCUUUCUCGAACGAUUCCUAUGUAUCCCGAAACGCCUCCGAGAAAUGGUCCUCGUUCCCGAAGCUGGCGGCUCUGCGCGACGGGCUCUCCCAGAUGAACCAGAACAUGAGCGUCAUCCUCUCGCGCGGGAAACCGGAAAACGCGACGAGUGAGAGAACCACCCAGGAGUCCGAAACCCCGGCUGCAAGUCCGGUAGACGAGGAGGUCCGUCGGGUGAUGAACACGGACAUCCCGAAGAAGUCGGCGAGCCAGCGGAUGGCCGAGGAGGAGGCGGAGACCAUCAAAGACGGCAAAGAGAACCGGAAGAUCGACCGAAACGUCGACGACAUCAUCCUGGUGGCGAGCAACAGCGAUGCGAAAGAAACGGAAUCCAGCAACAACCAGACCGCCGAGGAGAACGCCGAGAACGCUCGGAUGCUGGGCGAGCUGAAGGCGAAGCUCGCCGAGAUCGGGAACGAGGGGGAAGACAUCGAGGAAGAGGACAACGACGAUCGGGAGGUCACCUUCGGCGACAUCGUCGGCGACCGCGCCCUGGACAUCGACGACGACUACGCCGACAAGGACGACUCGGAUCUCCUGUACGGCCACUCCGGGAAGACCCAGUGGACCAGGGAUACCGAAGACGAAGACGAGAAGGAUAAAGAUGGAAACGCUGAGAAGGAGAGUCGCGCUAGGAGAAGUGCCGAGGAGAAACGGAGCCUGGGCGAGAAGGAGGUGAUGGAAGCCGCGGAGGCGCAGAAUUUGUUGCGGGCGUCGGCGCCCUUCAUGUCGGACUUCCGCGGGACGCCCGUCUUCCGGCCGAACUCGAGCCACAGCCUGGUCGAGGUGCUGGACCUGUACAACCCCAGCCGGUUGGCCGACAAGUGGAGGAUGCGCAACCCCAGCUCCAAGCUGAGCCCCAGCUGCGAGGCCGACACCGAGCUCUACCUGACCGCCCUCAAGAACGGCAUGCCGUGGGCCGCUAAAAUGAGCGAUGCAAGUGGCAAAUACUCGAGCAGCUUCUUCUGGGGCAAUCAGUACUGGAUGGGCUCGAAGACUCUCUGCUCCCAAAUUCAAGCCCCCUUCCCCCUUGGAUUCUCGGUUGUGCGUGGUCAUUUGACUUUAAAUACCAUUGACUCGCAGACGCGUGCCAUCCUGGUGGGCAUCUGUUUACCGCACUCUUGCCUGAAGGAGGACAUCGAGGUCCUCUUCAAUUGGUCAGUCAAAAUGGACCCUGCUGCUUACGAGCGCAGCUUCGAGCUGAAGCAAGUACGCACCCCGCAACAAUAUUACAACAUGUUCCACGACUCCACUUUUUGGCUCCUCGCGGUGACAUGCGCCAUCGUUGGACUCCUCAUGAUUUCAGCGACGAUUUUGGACUUUUAUUUGGACUCGCCUUGUUCGAACGGCUCCAUGUGGAAACACAAAUGCUUCGCUUAUGACAACUACUCCUACGAGAUCGCCAAAACUCCGCAACACACCAGCAUCUUGAACGGUCAGACGUGUCAGGGUAUCAAAAUUGACCCGAGUGAUGCCAACUUGAAGACAGAUGCUCAAACACCUCUGCCUGCCAUUGAGAAAAAUAUUAUCUUGGUGGAUAAUGGUGGAUUCAAAGUUCCAGAAAUCGUGACAGAUAUUCUUCUGGCAUUUUCCGUGAGACGAAACAUGGCUCAAAUCUGCGACAAGAAGGUUGAUAUCGACACGCUGCCUACAGUGCAUGGUUUGAGGGCAAUCAACAUGGCUUGGGUGAUUCUUGGUCACACUUGCAUCAUAGCUUUCAAGUACUCUGAUAAUAUGGAGUACAAGAGGAUGAUUGAAAAAGAAUUUCUCUUCCAGGCCAUCAACAAUGCUGCUUUCGCUGUUGACUCUUUCUUCUUCAUCAGUGGCUUGUUGGUUUCUUUCCUCUACUUCCGAACAACUGCAAGAAUGGAUGUCACUAAAAUCACCAAGACAACAGGCAUCAAGUCUAAUUGUUUAGAAUUUUUGGGUCUCUUAAUAUAUCGCUUUGGAAGGUUAACUACUCCUUACUUCUUCAUGAUCGGAGUUGUAGAGGUGGCCAUGAAGUGGUUCUAUUACAAUUCAGUAUUUGAAGUUCCAGCCGAUGACCAUGUAAACUGCCCCAAUUAUUGGUGGCGAAACAUUCUGUACAUAAACACUCUUUUCCCUGUCAAGGAUAUGUGUAUGAUUUGGAGUUGGUACUUAGCAAAUGACACCCAAUUUUACAUUAUUGGAGUUAUACUUUUAAUUGUGGCAGUCAAACGAUUCCGCAUAGCCGCAGUUGUUAUGACUUUCUUCCUGGUAACAUCUUGGUUCGUCACAGGUUUUAUUGCCUACACUAACAAACACAUUCCAAACGUUGAUGAUCCUUUGGCUCUGUUUGACAAAAUUUAUGACAAGCCUUGGACCCGUUUUGGCCCAUACAUGGUUGGCAUGUCUGUUGGAUGGAUUUUAUUCAAAACUGAUUGUUCUAUAAAAUUCUCAAAGAGAGCAUCAAUUUGUGGCUGGACCGCUUCAACUCUGGGCUUACUUGGACUUCUUGUUGGUCUUUAUGGACAGGAUCUCCACCCAGUGACCGCCGCUUCAUAUUCUGCUCUCAGUCAUUCACUGUGGGCACUUUGUCUUGCUUGGAUUGUCAUUGCAUGUUCAACCGGAAAAGGAGGUGUUGUCAACCGAUUCCUUUCAUCUCCCCUGUGGUACCCUUACAGUCGAGUUACCUACUGCGCCUAUCUUGUCCAUCCUAUUGUGAUGAGGUCGAUGGUCAUGACUCGUGAUAGCCCUGUACAUCUCAGUGUUAUAACUAUUACUGUGUUCUUCUUUGGUCAGCUAGUGGUAUCUUACAUCUUCUCAUUCCUGCUCUCUUUGGCGUUUGAAGCCCCCGUGGUAUCUUUGCUGCGGCUGAUUUCUCCCAAGAAAGAAAAAAGACAGUCAUGAUACGGUGUCAAAUUUAAUGUCCUAUAAUGACACACGGUGAACGUGAUAUGGUAUACGCAAGCAUUAAAAAGUUGAGGUAACUCAAUCAACUUGAACCUUGCACGAAAUGUAAGGUACAAAAAGGCUGUGAGUUUAUGUAUUAUGUAGAUGUCAAAAACAUGGUCUGUAAAAGAGUUAAAAUCUUAGAUAUUGUACCUGUGAAACUAUUCCCUUAGGUUUCCAAAAAUAUCUUUUUGAAUAGACAGAAGCAAAGCGAAGAAAGUGCAAAUAUCUGUUCUAAUGGAAAGUUUGAGUCGAUGACCUUAGUGUUGCUGUGAUUUUAGGAGGCAAAUAUUAUUAGUUCAUUUUGAGACCUAUAACUUUGUCUCUGAUUAAGUAUUAGUUUUAAGGUAGUUUGUAUUGCAUUAUUUAUUGAUUUUAUCCUGCUUAUUUUAUCACUAAAAUUUCAAAAGUUUUUUACUUCACUAUUCAAAGAUCUUCAUGCUUUAAAUGUUAUUCUUUGAAGAAAUUUUACCCAAUCUGACCAACAGAAAAAAAGGAACAAAACAAGGAACAUAGAUUUUGAUGGCCACAGUUGAAUAAUGCCUCCAUUGUAAUUUUUCAUUAUCUCUGUCUAUGAUUUAUGUUUUUAAGAAGGUAAUUAAAAUGUUUUCUUGAAAUAUUCUGUGAGGGUUUGUGAUUAAGUGACAACAAUUCACAGAAACUUGCAAGUAAAAUUGUUGAUUAGGCCUCUUUUAAAAUGUGUAACAUGAGAAGAGGUUUUUCAACUUCAGCAGUUCAUUUUUUCUAUUGAUUGUUUCCUAAAACUUUAUCAAGUUUUUCCAAUAAUAUAGAAGGUGUUCAAUUGAGCAUGUAAGUGUCUUCCAUACUUUUUUUAAAUCCUCCAUUCUCUUAUUUUCAGUUUUUUUCAAUUUAAUUUAUUUCUACUAACUUAGAUUCUGUCAAGAAAAUACCUGAAAACUCUCCCUCUGUCAACUGGCGUUCAAGUUAUUUUUUUUUAAGUACAUCUCUCUCUCAAGCUAUAAGUAUGUGUGUUGAGUAUUAAAAACUACUUUAUCCUGUCAAAAACUCACACUAUGCCAAAAAUUAUAUUUAUAAAUGCCUUAAAAUGUACCCAGUUUUAAGUAUUUCAGUUUUGAGCGAAAAUCUUUUUUAUGGGUUGAAGGUAAUAUUUUUCCUUAAACGGCGACACAACUUAUUUCCAAACUCGCACACAAUUCAUGGAUGUCUAUAGAAUAGUUUUCAUCCUUUUUAUGAGAAAAACAACUCCAUUUAUGCGCAUUUAAGAUAUCAAGAGAGAAGACAACAUUUGCUUGUCAGCAAGACAGUAAAAAAAAACAUACUAAACAUGGAGUGGAAUCCAGCUCACAUUGUAUUGUACACAGCAUUGCACACACAUUGCUUUCAUUAAAUGUCACUGCUUUUCCAAUGUGCUUUUAAAAGUUUAUAAUCAUAAUCAUGAAUUAUGAUAAAUUAUUCAGUAUGGCCAAAAAGUUACCAAUUGGCAUUUUGACAAGGCAAUUUUACUGACACUUAAAAGAAUCUCAACCUUGACAAAGAUUUACUUUACAGUGUUGGUUCGCUUUAUUGAUUCCUCCUGUAUUUCCACCAGAUCACAAUCCAAGCGUUGAUAAUCAAGCCCAUUGAUAUUGUGACUUGACUUGAUAUGUUGUAAGUAGUUGGAUUUUCAAUUACUGUUCACUUGAAAUAAUUUCCAAAACCUUUUCGGUAUUUGAACUAUUUUAUUGGCAAUUGCUGGCAAUCCAGAUGAAUUUAUUUGUCACCACUCCUUGUUAUUCAACACCUUUGGUUUGAAGCAUUUGCCUCCUUUUGUGAUAAAGUUUGGUUCCUAAUUAUUAUCAAGUAACUUCUUGCAGAAUAAUAAUUUGUAGAUACUUGUAAAUAAUUUAAGUUGUCCAUUGAACUAUGUAAAAAUGAUAAAUAUCCUUUGCUUUGAACAUUUGCGAAAUAAAAGACGUUCUCGUCAUUUAAUUGCAAAAGUCAAA